AUGAUUUGUGAACCCGAUGAGCAGAAGGACGAGGCCGAUGGUGCCGAUGCCGAGGAACCCAAGAAGGGGCACGGCGGUUGCGGCCAUACCCAACCCCAGGUGCGGAAAGAAGGCUUGAAGCCGUUCGUGCAAUAUAAGAAGUCGAAAGAAGACGACGAGGAUGGCAAGUCGCUACAGCCCGACAUACGGCUCAUCACGCCGUCGGAGGUGUAUACGACGUUCAAAAAGAUGACAGACUCGGACCUCCAAAUCAUCUGGCUAUCCGAGGAGUAUGCUCGGCCAGAAUGGAUGAUCUUGACCGUCAUGCCUGUUCCUCCGCCGCCUGUGAGGCCAAGUAUUGCUGUAGACGGGGGCACCAUGCAAAGCGAGGACGAUCUGACAUACAAGCUCGGGGACAUCAUCAAAGCCUCGGCCAACGUGCGUAGAUGUGAACAGGAGGGUGCUCCAGCCUACGUUAUCUCCGAGUUUGAGCAGUUGCUCCAGUUCCAUGUCGCUACCUACAUGGAUAAUGAUAUCGCUGGGAUACCCCAGGUGCUCCAGAAGUCGGGUCGACCUGUCAAGGCGAUUCAUGCUCGUCUAAAGGGCAUGGAAGGAAGGCUACCUGGGAAUCUGAUGGGUAAACGUGUUGAUUUCUUGGGGCGUACCGUCAUCCCAAGGGACCCAAAUCUGGAGCUGGAUGAAGUAGGCGUACCGAAGUCGAUAGCCAUGAACUUGACCUUCCCAGAACGAGUCACACCGUUCAACAUCUCUUAUCUACAGGAGCUUGUUCGUAAUGGUCCAACAACGUACUCUGGUGCUCGGUAUGUCAUCAGAGACACUGGCGAGCGCAUCGAUCUGCGGUAUAACAAGUGUGCGGAUGCUUUCCUUCAAUAUGGCUGGAUCGUUGAGAGACAUCUAAAGGAUGGCGACUACAUUCUUUUCAAUCGACAGCCUAGUCUUCACAAGAUGAGUAUGAUGAGUCAUCGGGUGAAGCUCAUGCCCUAUUCGACGUUUCGCCUGAAUCUUUCCGUUACGCCGUCUUACAAUGCCGAUUUUGAAGGUGACGAGAUGAACAUGCAAUUGUCGCCCCAAGCGAACAAGCCAGUCAUGGGGUUCGUGCAAGAUACCCUUUGCGGUAUACGCAAGCUCACGCUGCGAGAUACGUUCAUGGACUGGAAUGCCGUCCAGAACAUCCUCUUGUGGGUUCCUGAUUGGGAUGGCAUAGUGCCGAUCCCAGCCAUCAUCAAACCCAAACCGAUGUGGAUGGGUAAGCAGAUCCUCAGUUUGGCCAUACCUCGGGGAAUCAAUAUCUUCCGUGCGGCGGAACCUAAAUCGUCAAAUCCCGAUUUUGACGACGGGAUGUGCACUGAGAAUGGAGAGAUCGCCUGGGGGAUAGUCGAGAAGAAGACCGUUGGUGCCUCUCAAGGCGGUCUCGUCCACGUCAUCUUCCGCGAGAAAGACCCCGAGGGCGCGCGCGCUGUUCUCUGGAUUGCAGAAGGUCACGCCAAGACGAUGGCCUUCAUCACGCAAACUAUCGCCAGCCACAAGGCCGAAGUCGCAGCCAUCACCGAGCGAGCGACUAUCGACGAGCUCAAGGCCGCCCCUGGUAUGACAAUCUGUGAAUCCUUCGAAAGCCAAGUCGAGCGGCAACUCAAUUUGGCCCUGGAGCGGGACGGAGUUUCAAUUUGGGCCGCCUGGGCGCUUGAGCAGGGUGGAAUCACCCUGCUCAAGCGCCGGCAACUGGCUCCGUCGCUGCUGGCUCGACCCAAUGGCAGGGACGGUUUUAGGGUUAGGGUCACCGAGCAAGCGACUAUCGACGAGCUCAAGGCCGCCCCCGGUAUGACCAUCCGUGAAUCCUUCGAAAGCCAAGUCAAGCGGCAACUCAAUUUGGCCCGUGAUACGUCUGGUCAGUACGCGCAAAAGAAUUUGAAGGAGGACAACAACGUCAAGCAGAUGGUGGUCGCCGGUUCGAAGGGUUCCUUCAUCAACAUCUUCCAGAUGUUGGACGACUUCAGUCCUGAGGCAAGAGGCUUCGUCGAGAACUUGUACCUUCGGGGGCUAACGCCCCAGGAGUUCUUCUUCAACGCCAUUGCAGGUCGUGAGGGUCUCAUCGAUACCGCUGUCAAGACUUCCAAAACGGCUUACAUCCAGCGUUGUCUCGUAAAGGCCUUGGAGGAUGUUCAGGUCUGCUACGACGGGACCGUCAGGAACUCCCUCGGCGAUCUUAUCCAGUUCGUCUAUGGCGAGGAUGGUAUAGAUGGUGCCUUCAUCGAAAAGCAGAACAUCGCGACCUUCGGUGUCAACCAUGCUCAAUUCAAGCAUAAUUAUCAUGUCGACGUUGUUGAUCCCGCUGGGGGUUUCUUGCCAGGCGUCCUUCAGGUCGGAGUCGACGACUCCUCCCCCAAGCUACAGGCGAAGCUAGACGAGGAGUUCGCUCAACUCUGCGAAGACAGGAAGCUCUUGCGCGAAUUUGUUUUCCCUCGAGCAGUUCCUCGCUCGUCCCACUACCUUCCCGUCAAUCUGAAUCGAAUCGUGCAGAAUGCCUGCCAGAUCUUCCACAUUGACCGACGGAAACCGAGUGAUCUCGAACCAGCCUACAUCGUCGAUGCCGUAAGAGACCUCGUGAAGCGCCUCAUCGUCGUUCGUGGCGACGACGCCUUGAGUCGUGAGGCGCAGACCAAUGCCACCCUCAACUUCAGCAUGCAUCUUCGCGCUACAUUCGCGUCUCGGAAGGUCCUCGAACAGCAUCAUCUAACCAGGGAAGCGUUCGACUGGGUUCUCGGCAAAGUCGAGGCGAAGUUCAACCAGUCCAUUGCCAAUCCACCCUCGACCCCUUCGCUGUCGGUGUACUUGGAGCCUGAAAUCUCAAAGAAUCAAUACCUCGCGAAGAAUGUCCAACAGGAGCUCGCUUACACGACUCUUCGUACCGUCACGGCCGCUGUCGAAAUUUGGUACGAUCUUGACCCUUCCUCUACCAUCAUCGAAGACGACGCAGUGUUCGUCGAAUCUUUCUUCGCAAUCCCCGACGAGGAAAUAUCCAGCAAAUUGCAUCUCCAAUCACCUUGGCUCCUGCGUUUAGAGCUUGAUCGAGUCAAGAUGAUUGAUCGCAAGCUUACUAUGGCCUACGUCGCCGGGCGUAUCUCCGAAUGUUUCAAAACCGACAUCUUCGUAAUCUGGAGUGAGGAUAACGCGGAGAAGCUUAUUGUUCGUUGCCGAGUACUCAGUACGCACGACAAGGAGGAUGUCAGCGAGGUCGAGGAGGACGUUUUCUUGCGACAGCUAGAGAACACUAUGCUCAGCUCCGUCAGCUUGCGCGGCGUGGAGAACAUUAACCGUGUCUUCCUGAUGGAACAUGACAAGGUUACGGCCGCUGAGGACAGCAGCAUCCAGGCCAAUCAGGAGAAAGAGUGGGUUUUGGAGACGGACGACGCCAAACUCAAGGGUUAA